AGUUCGCGAUACGCGUGUGCCGCCGCGCGCUCCUCGUUCUCGCCUCUCGAGCGUGUUGUUGUCCCGACGGUUGUCAUGACGGAGCUGUCGAACCGGCUAUCGAGUCGCCGGCUGCCCGAGCCUCGCCGUAACUGACCGGGGAAGCUUCGGCGAUGCUUAUCUUUGGUGCGUUCUCGAGCACGUUACGGAGUGAGCGCUGAAAGCAGAGCACAUCGUCCUCCGGAGAGUUGGAAGAGCGCUCGCGAUGCGCUUUGCGACGCGACUGAUCGAGCUUCGACGAGGAACCAACGUGCCGCUUCCACGUGACAUCGACAGCCACCCACGCGGGAUCGUGAAGCUAUAAUCAGCCGGAAGUGUUCGGACGAGAGGGGAGAAGGUUAAUGCUGACGCUGCUUUGGCGAGUCGAGUGAACGUGCGCGAUGGACAUUGCCGCGCGGACGAUCACUUCCCAGAAAGACCAGCACGCUCAAGGUCGGCGAUGACGCAUCCUCGGGAGCGUGGAACUGCGACCGGACGGGAACGCUUUCCCCGGCUGACCCCGGUGCCGCGAUCUGUUUCGCGAGAAAGUACCGCCGCGCCGUUAUUUCGAGCAGUCAGCUGAUCCCGAGCGUCUGAGAUGAACACUGCGACGCGGUCGAUCGCUUCAAGGUGACACCGCGACAAGCGCUUCACCGUAAAACUGUCGGUCAGUCAACGGAAUCCCGGCUCCAGGCGCGAUUGAAGUCCUUCCCUCGGUGAGAACGUCGACCGCUCGACGAAUCGAACGUCAAGUCCCAAGACGAUGCCGCGGUACCGUCCGGCCGCCUCGCGCUGUUACGUCACGCGUCAGCUGAUCGUCCCCGCGACGACGCUGCUGUCCCACGAGACGGGAGUGAGGGGAGUGUGAGGGGUGACUUUGGCGAUCGGAUUCACGGCGUGCGACAGUCUUCUCGCGGCCGGUCUGCGGCCUCUGACGAACCGGUUGCGCUCCCGCGCAGGAAAACAGAAACGGAGGACGCGCUUCGUAAACAAAACAAGGCCGAUUGAGAGCUCGUCGCAUGAACCGUCGGCGAGUUUGUUCACCUCCUCGGGCACGAGUGGGUGCGUGUUUGCGUGCUUGCGAGAUCGGCUGUAGCGGGCCUUCUCGGCUCGCCGGUUUGCGAUGGUACGCUCGUCUGAUAAUAAUCACAACGAUAUCACACUGCCGGCCGACGGAAGCGAUAACGCGCGUCUGCUGGGUGUUCCGUCAGCCGCGGCAGCGCUUUUGAUCGCCGGUGAUGCGCGUUUUCGUCCUGGCGCGGAGUCCUGUCGAGCGACUGUCAUCGGCGAGCGAUGAUCGAGUCCAUCGGAUCCUGAGGUGAAGGGGGCAAAAAGCGAGAGAAUUUCACGAGGACUCAUCGGUGCUGAGGUCGAAGAAGACGAUCGCCGGACACUCGGAGACGAAACGGUGAAGAAAGCGCGUUCGAUAAACGCGAUUAUGCGCGCCGCAGCGAUAAAUUUCUCCAUCACGAGAUACGCACGUGCAUCCAUCCGCCCCCAGGAACGACACGGAGCCAGCACGGACACGGAAAAAUCGGAGACCGACUUAUCGUGGAAUUCUAGGAGGUGUUGCGUCGGACCGUCGACGGAGUGUUACCUGGACUGAAAGAGACUUUUAUGUGACUCGUGUUGUGACUGAAAGUGACCGAAAGACGAAAACCACGAGGUGGUCGCGACACCUGACGACGGUCAAAAGACGGUACUCUCGGAGUACCGACGGUCACACAGGACACUCUGAGACAUCGUCAGCGACCCCAUCGUCGAGCUCGCCCGAGCGGAACUGCAAACUAGUCUCUUCGCGUAGCGGGAGCUCUACCGGAGUACCCGGAGAAUCCGGGUCGCACGGAUAUCAGCGGGCAGAAGUCGCGAGGGACGACAGAACGGAGAAGCUCGCGUCUCGUUUCCUUGCUCGCUCGCGUCGUGCUGCGAGUCACGUGGACGAAGAUGCGGACGGUGAAGGAAACGGUGCGAUUCGUCCGGCGCGCACGGUGAGAAAACGCGAGCCGCGUUUGACACUGUCUGGUGGUGCUGGUGGUGCUGGUGGCCGUCGUUGUCGUCGUCGUGUGGCAAAAUUACGCGAGUACCGACGAUGGACCUCAGCACGACGCCCAGGAGGGCCACGGAGGGCGUCGGCGACCUGCAGAAGACGAGAGUGGCCAAGAGCGUCUUCAGCAUCCGCAGCCUCGUCGACGUGGAGGAAGCGGAGAUGCCGACGCAGGAGGACGAACGCUCGCCAAAUCAUUCGUCGCGAGGAGGCAGCGAGCAGGCCGUCUCGCAGACGAGUCCUGCGAGCAGCACGAGCAGCUCGAGCCAGGUGACUCAGGUGAGCCAGCAGGUGAGCCAGCAACCUCACCCGCAGCCUCACCAGCAAUCGGCGCCGGCAUCGACCGCGACAACGCCUCAGUCCGUCCAGAUGGGCAUCUCCACGGAGGAGGUGAGGCCUGAGGAAGAGGGCGCUCAUCCAAGAGCAGCGCCGACCAGCCCCGAGAGCGAGGCCGAAACGGACGACUUCGCCCCGAAGAGGAAGCAGCGUCGCUACAGAACUACCUUCACCAGCUUCCAGCUGGAGGAGCUCGAGAAGGCUUUCUCCAGGACGCACUACCCGGACGUGUUCACGAGGGAGGAGCUCGCCAUGAAGAUCGGCCUGACGGAGGCACGGAUACAGGUCUGGUUUCAGAACAGACGAGCAAAGUGGCGCAAGCAAGAGAAGGUCGGGCCUCAGGCGCACCCCUACAACCACCCGUACCUGAGCUCAGGUGCGCCACAAACGUCGCCGGUCAUGACGCCGACCUUGCCGAACCCUUUCGCCCACCUGGGUACCUUCGCUCUCAGGAAGCCCUUCGACGCCUUUCGCUAUCCGCCGCUGGGUCACGGCCCGGUCCUCCCCGGUAGUUACGCCGCGCAUCCCUAUCAUCGCGCACCGCCGCCGCUGCUGCCGCCCGGCAUGCCGCUGCCGUAUACGUCCGCCGCCUCCUUCCAGAGCUUGCUGGCGAACAUAUCGGCAGCGCAGAGGCCGAAGCUGGUGCGCGGCUCGCCGCCGCCGUUGCCACCGCCGGCGCCUGCGAUCGCCCUGCCGCAUCCACCUGUGGCACCACCAGCCCCGCCGCCGCCGCCGCCGCCGCCGCCGCCGCCAACGGCCACCUCUCCGCAAAGCUCGCCCACGGGCAGCGUGGGGCUGCCGGACAUCGACAGGAGGACCAACAGCAUCGCCUCCCUCAGACUCAAGGCUCGUGAGUACGAGCUGCAUCAGGAGAUGAUGCGUAAGAACGGCGAUCUCAUCAGUUGAGAUGCUGCGUGUGUAUCGCGACGUAGCCGCACGCGCGCGCAAGAACGACGGCGAGGGCGAGUCUGUGCCGAACGUCGGCUCGGACGUUCGUGGAUCGACGGAACGCGAAGUGCUCUCUGGGAAGUAUGUGCCGCUGGGAAGGAUGCCGAAGCGAGAGGAUGUACACGCCGUGAAUGGGUGCUUUUUAGCCGCUCCGAGUCUGUCCGACGCGGCGACGCUCGAUUUGGACGGAACUUCCGAAUAUCCCGCCGAACAUACGCGUGCUAGCGAGUGCUAGUGGCCUUUGACCUAUUGACGAUGUUUACGGGUCAUGUAAUGUAACGUGUGUCACGUUGGUCAUAGCCGACGACGUGAGAGUAUCUGCACCGAGCAUUUCACGAGGGGAAGAUAAUUCUAAUUAGGUAAGGGGAAAGUUAUAUAUACAUAUAUAUAUAUAUAUAUAACGUCUCGGAUGUUCCUACUGCGACUUCUUCGUGUAUAUUUGGCUUUAUGUGUCAGCCUGUUUUGCAACUGUUAUAUUCGUGACGAAUAUGAUAGUAUUAUUAUAAGAUUACGACAUUUUUCCACAAAUCAGCACAACAGCCUUAAUAUGCAAAAUAAGGUUAUGAGGAUUUUCUAGUCGCACGCUUUCUUGAUUACUUGAAGAAAGGCGGGAACGGAAAAUGCGUCGAAGCAAACUGAUACGCUCAUUUGCGAAAAACGUUUUUUCCCGAUGAAAUUAGGCACCGUGCAAUCAUAAUUGUGAAACCCACAAUUAUGAGCUUAAUCAAUUAUGACAGAAGCUGAAGCGACGAUACAGAGGCAUCCGACAUUACAGCUGCAACGGAGCAUUCGGAAAAAAAAAUUAAGUAAAUUAAGAGUAAAAAAGAAAAAAAUUUGAUGUGCUCGGUCCAGGUAUUCUUAUGUCACAGCUUUAACGCGAGAAUUUGUUAAGAGUGGGUACGUUCAGGCAAAAAAACUUGACGAGGUGACGGACAAGAAGGACGGUUGAACGGAUCUCUCGAGUACCGCAAUUUGUGCGACGUUCCUCGCGUGACAAAAGAUCUGACCGAGAUCAACCUCAAAAUCCCUCGCGUCGAUCAAAAGCUCCCGAUUGAUUGUCUCGUUUGCUUAAACAUCUCAAGUACACUGAAUUCUCAUCUCCGACGGGCAAAAAAUAAUUCAACAAAAAUAAAAAUAACAAAAAUCAAUUGCGAAUCUAAUACGACUGCACGAUGUAUGCAUUGCGUUAGGCAGCUCGCAUACAAAUUCAGGUUGUUACUCUCCCUGAAGAGAUGAAGCGAAAUUUGUUUCACACGAAACCCGCACGAAGAACGAAGAAACCCGCACGGGUGGUACCAAUCUGCUGGCCCAGAUCGAGCAAUUGUCGCUCCUUUAUUAUCAUUUUCAAUUCAAUUUUAGUCAAAGAACUUACACACCUAAUCAGCUAAAGAGAAUAGAGUCGGUCGCGGUAAAACUUAAUCGGGACUCGUGUCGUUCGGGAUCCACGACAUCGCGCGUGCAGAACGCGAAAUGAGCGUCACGAGGUAACGGGGAACGCGCGCGUAUCGCGAACGGAAGGGAAGAGAGAGUGAAGUCUCCGUUACUCAUGUACUGUGCGCAGUUUGCAGUAUUCGGUACACGAGGGAACCGAUACAACUGCGCAAAUCGAGAAGCUCGCACACGCGCUCGUACAUCGUCUGAAUCUGUUUCACACGCGUCGAGAGGUAGGUUUUCUAAUUAACUCGCAUAAUCGGUAGCCACAUCGGCUGCCACUAAAACUCUUCUCUCGCAUGUUGCACGAUGAAUUUGUUAGGCGCGUCGAUGGCGUCCGCGUGACGCUUUUGUGAACGAAAGUUUUCCUCUCGAGGCUGCGUAAGCUUCCUAUCCGAAGAAAUUUGUCGCAGGACAAUUGAGUCACUAGACUAAUGACCGUGGAUCGUUAUGAUAUGCAUGAAACAGAUUUUAACUUUAACGCGUCUACCGAAUUGCAUCAUGGUGAAUCCCAUGCAAACGGUAUCGUUAUUCGGCCGACGAGAGAGUACAUAUCAAACACGACGCGUGAUUGGCAGCGAGAGACGGGUGUUGAUCGCUUGACAAAAUAAAUUCGCGGAAAGUAACAAUGAGAAUGAGAAAACAGACGACGGAAGUUCGCACGAAUAAUCGGACGAUUCUCUUUGAACCUGCUGCGAUUAAUCGCGUGAGCCGUCGCUUUCUUGUUAAAAGAUCACGGGCGGCAGUAGCCUACUCGCGAUUCCAAAGUGAUCAUCGAAAAGUGUCCGUCCACGAGAACUUCGACGUCGCGACGGGAAUGAUCGAAGUUUCGCAAGAACUAUUCGCUGAACUCUCGUGUAGAAAAUAGCAAAGCUAAUUCGACAAAGCCCGAAAAGAAUGGUCGUCGGUAUUCUCGUCGCGAUCGACGAGACCUCGCACAUCGUUGGUCGUUGAUCGGCGAUCGCGCGCAGCGAAAGAACGCGCGUAGUUUUAUUUACUUUUACACACCAUAUGUUAUACACUCUUUUAGAUAACGAAGAGAGAGAAAGAUAUACUAUUUAUAUAUAAAAAUCUAUAUACUUUAUUUACAAUUGAGAUAUAUAUUCUACACUAUCGCUAUAAGUUUACAACUGUGUAAGCAUACUUAGCGUAUAAGUAUCCGCCUUGUAAAUAUCCGUGACGACCAGCGCGUCAUUUUUAACGGCCUUAAGGCCUGUAAGAGACCUUGCAAUCACCUGUUUCCGUUUCUUCGUAAUGAACGACGACACGUAUCCGUGUAGCCAUAUCGACGAUACGGCUACUUCUCCCGAUCGCGUUUUCACUUUCGAUCUCAUCGUCGGCAACUCGCCCAUGUGAAAUCUUUGGCGCGGCGCCGACUUUGCAAUCCGAAUGACUAGAAACGUAACAAUAGCCAGGCCCGAGACAACGCAUCGAGCGUAUAAUGUGCGCGGAGAAUGUAGGAACGAUAAAUUGAACCGUGCUUUUCCAUCUCGCAGGAUAAUCAAAGCGAUAUGCGAUUGAGAUCGAGAUUGAAGAGGCAGCGUGUUAUCGAGCCGAAUAUUUCUCAAACCGAACCACCCCAUGUGCAUUGUACUUACUCUUAUUAUUACCUCUUUAUCUCUUCUUUGCGAUAAAUAAAUGAUUACGAUUAAGAGAGAA